AUGGAAACCACCCCUAUCACAGGGCUGGACGAGCUUGACAGGCACCUUGAUGAGCUCCUGCACGAUCCAGAGCUUGUCUUGAACCCAAAGCUCUUUGACGAUGUCGAGCUGCAACUUACAGAUGCCAACAUCCCGCUGCUAAUCCCCCGUUUCCUGCCGCGGCUCACUACGAUCCUGAAGCGGUACACCCAUGACCCCGCCGCGAUUGUCAGCUUAACAAUCAAACUCCUGAGGCCAGUGCCAUUCGACAAUGUGUUGCAACUGGCCUCGUUGGAUGAGCUCGUCCUAGCGCUCGACUCCCCGGCGCCGGCCGCGAACCUCCUGGCCAUGGCGGUCCUCCACAAAGCCGCAGCCGACCCCGGCCAUACGGCCAUGCUCUGCGACUUCAAACCCCUAGUCGAAGCCUUUAUCCGCUGCUGGCUGGCCGCACCGCAAGUAGAGGUAGGGCAAAAAGGCUGCAAAGUGCUCGGGGACCUCCUCGAUGUCGACUGCGAGCUGCCGCCACCAGGCGGCUCCUCACAUACCGCUCUGGUAAUACGCAAGGCACCCGGCCGGGGCAGUCUGUGGCGCCUCAUCUUCCAAGACACAGCCACGUACGGUCUCCUCCUGGAUCUGAUAUCGGGUCGCCACCCGGACACGACGGGCAACCCGCACCAGCUAUCUCUCGCGCAGGGUCGCGUGCUGCGCAUCCUGCCCAGGCUAGCAUCCAUCAACUUCCGCGCCGUGAGCCACUCCAACGUCACACCGCCGACGCCGGUCCACCUCACGAACGGGCACUCGAACGAAGACGACACGGCUCCGCGACCGGGAGAAGGGCUGCUGCAGUAUGCCGCGCUGAGGAUGGUGCAGAGGUCGGACACGCUCAUGCACCUGAGUCUGGUGGACUUCUUCGAGACGCUGGUCAGCCUGAUGCGCGUGACGGAACACUCGGCCCUGGAGAUGGACACGCUGCGGGCAAUACUCAGCGAGGCCACGGCUAGGGACGAGGUCUUGAGGGAGGCGCUGCUGACCCUGCCGGACAGGACCGUUGAGGAGGAGGCUGAUGACCUGAGGAGGUGGUUGCUGGAGGUGAUGCCGGGGGAGGCGGUGAGAUUGGCGAUGCGGUGA